CAGACUGCUGUGAGACAACAUGGAGGUCACAUCUCUCCGCAUCAGACUUUCGAUGAAUGUGUUAAUCCUGCUGUAUGCACUUGAUCAGAAAGUUGGUUCAGUGUCUCUUCAUGUCGUCCCAAACAGUCUGCAGUUCUUUGAAUAUGAACCUGUAACUUUCCAUUGUGAAGGUUACUCUGUCUCACUUGCAUGGAAACUUGUACAUAGAUUAAAAGGGGAAGUUCUCUCAUGUAGAACUACAAGUAAGGUGACAACAACAGAGUCAACCUGCAGCAUUACAAAUAUAUAUCCAGAAGACAGUGGAGAAUACUGGUGUGAGACUGGAGAGGAGAAGAGAAGCAACAGCGUCAACAUCACUGUCACUGCUGGUUCUGUGAUCCUGGAGAGUCCUGCCCUACCUGUGAUGGAGGGAGAAGCUCUGACUCUGCAAUGUAGAGACAAGAAGACUUCCUCCAACCUCACAGCGGAUUUCUAUAAAGAUGGCCGCCUCAUCAGGAGCAGCUCUACAGGAGACAUGACCAUCCACACUGUUUCCGUGUCUGAUGAAGGACUCUACAAGUGUAACAUCACUGAUGUUGGAGAAUCAGCAGAAAGCUGGCUGGCUGUCAGAGCACUUCACAGCACUUCAGAGACUCACCCAUUCUCAGAUUAUUGGUUCCCCAUUUUAAGAAACAUUGUUCCUGUUGUGCUGACGAUAAUGCUGCUGCUGCUGCUAGGAGUACUGCACUGUGGGAAACUGAGAGGGUCCAGAAGCAGUUGUGUCACAUGCUGUGACUGUACAGAGGCGUGAAGAUUCUCACAAGUCAAAUGAUGACAGUCUGCAAACCACAGCUUUCUUUUCAUUUAUGUCUAUAUUUAAUAAUCCACUUUGAUCCUAGCUCUGACACCCUCUGCAGAGUCACCACAGCAUCUACACCUCCAUGAACAGACUGUGGUUGACUGUGGACACACAUAUAAAUGUGUCCUUCAAUAAUCUGCAUUAAAAUGGUCCUCAGAGCAUCAAGUCUCCCUUACUGC